AUGACAACCACCACACCUUCGCCAACCCAUCGAGCCGAGAUGAUGUUUCUAGGUAAAGAAUGUAAUCAUCCUGCGUGUCACCUGCACGACUUUUUGCCCUUUCAAUGUCCAGCAUGUCAUCUAUCAUUCUGUCAACCUCAUUUCCUCCCUUCCCAGCAUUCCUGUACUUCCCCUUUACCACCAUCGAUGGUCGAUCGGAUAGCCCCGAAGUGUCCGAUGUGUGAUGAGAUCGUCAAAUAUACCAGUUCAUCAAAUAUGGAUCCGAACGAGGCUGUCGAGAGGCAUAUACUCUCGGGUACAUGUACGGGCUUUCAAGGUGGAGAAGAACGUAAGAAGUUGGAGCUGAAAAGGAAGAAGCAGAAUGGUGAAAUUUGUUGGAAGAAGAAUUGUAACAAGAUGUUGGUGGUGAAAAUGCAGUGCGAGCAAUGUAAUCACUUUUUCUGUCCCACACAUCGUCAUUCGUCCUCCCACACCUGCACACCCUCCAACACACCUUCAUCAUCCAAUACCAACCUUGCCUCUUCCUCUCAACCAAUACGUCCAGCAGGUAAAGCAGCUUUAUCCAGACUACUUCCUCAAUCAAUGACUCCCCCCGUCGCAUCAUCAUCGUCCAAACCUAUUCCUGCACCUGCUCCAGCGGUCAAAGUCAAUUCUUCAUCUCCAGCGGUGGAUAGACCAUUAGAUGCCAAAGCAGCAGCUGCAGCAGCAGCCAUCAAGAGAGCAGGCCAGGAUGUGAAAGUACCAUUCGUAAAAACCAAGACUGAAAAGCGAUCACAAGCUGAACUCAACUCUACUAUCCAAGCGUUAAAAGCACGUCAUGAUAAAGGUUUACUCUCCAAAACCGAGGAGGUCAAAUAUGCAGAACUUUUAGCUGAACGUGAAUCCACAAAGAGGAAAUUCGGUACUGGUAUCAAAGACAAAGGGGGAAAUGAUAAUGGAAAAGGUAAUGGGAAAGGUGAUUGUUUAAUAGCUUGA